AUGUGUUUAGAUGCUGUGACAUCAAAACCAGUAAUCCAGUUUCAAGGAAGCCAAGGGCACAUUGCAAUUCCAAGGCCUGAUCGACCUACGGAAGUGAGGACUUUCACGUUUUAUCUUUCCAAUAUUGGCAAGGACAGCCCCCAGGGGAGCUUUGACUGUAUCCAGCAGUAUGUAUCGAGCAAUGGCAAUAUCCACCUGGACUGCCUGGGGAGCAUACAGGACAAAAUCACUGUGUGUGCCACGGAUGAUUCCUACCAGAAGGCGAGGCAGAGCAUGGCGCAGGCGGAGGAGGAGACGCGGAGCCGGAACGCCAUCCUCAUCAAACCUGGGGGCAGGUACCUAGGCAAAAAGGUUCAGGUGCGUAAACCUGCACCAGGAGCUUCCGAUGCUGUUCCCUCCAGGAAGCGCCCAACGCCAGUCAACCUUGCCAGUGCAAUAAAGAGAGGCAAUAGUGCCAUUUCUCAGAGACCCUUCAAGGAUAGGGUUGUGCACUUACUGGCACUAAAGCCUUAUAAGAAACCUGAACUUAUUCUCAGAUUGCAGAAGGAUGGACUUUCUCAGCAGGACAAGGAUUUGCUGGACAACCUUCUGCAACAGGUGGCAAAUUUGAGUGCCAAGGACAGCACUUUCACACUGAAAGAUUGUGUAUACAAAGAAGUGCAGAAGGACUGGCCUGGCUACUCAGAAGGAGACCAGCAGUUGCUGAAGAGGAUACUUGUUCGGAAACUCUCUCAGACCCAGAACAGCGGUUUGCAAGGAGAAGCACCUUCCCUGAGCCCACCAAAAGACAACGUGAACUCCAGCUCUCCUCCUCAGAAACGAUCCCAGCCUCUGGAGUUCAUUGAUCCCCUGGCCAACAAAAAGCCCAGGAUCUCACACUUGGCUCACAGAACUCAGCCCACGUUCAAUGGGAAACUGAAUUCUUCCAACGGGAAGGACAUCCCUGCUCCCAUCCCUGCCCUGCCACCGGCGCCGCAGGAGUCGGUGACCUCCACUUCCAGCCUCCCAGUGGUGCUGGAGCUGCCCAGGCCUCACGAUCCCCUCUCAGAUGUCAGCAACGACCUGACUCACAACGGCAGAGACUGUGAGAACCCGGAGCCAGCUGACAGACUGACCCACCCUUUGCCAACAGACUGUCCCCAGCCGAGCAAGCACAACUGCAGCUCGUACGUCAAAAGCAAGAAAAAAUCCAAAAAGCACAAAGACAAGGAGAAGGAGAGGAAGGAGAAGAAGAACGAAGAGAAGUGCAAAGAGGAGAAGCAGGACUGUGAAGUAAUAAAAAAUGCUGACUUAGUUAGUGUGCCCCAGGAACAGGUCGCAGGUGUAAAUGGAACAUGCAAUAAUUCUAGUGUACCAACAUCAACUUCAGAAAUGCCAGAUUAUUUAUUAAAAUAUGCAGCCAUUUCCUCCUCAGAGCAGCGCCAGAGUUACAAGAACGACUUCAACGCCGAGUACAGCGAGUACAGGGACCUGCACGCCCGGAUAGAGCGGAUAACGCGGCGCUUCACGCAGCUGGACGCCAAGCUGAAGCAGCUCCUGCAGGGCUCUGAAGAAUAUAAGACCAUCCAUGAUCAAAUUUUACAGGAGUAUCGGAAAAUUAAAAAGACUAACCCCAAUUACAGCCAAGAGAAGAACCGCUGCGAAUACCUCCACAACAAACUGGCUCAUAUCAAAAAACUGAUAGCAGAGUAUGACCAGCAGCAGUUUUAG